GUGAGGCGCGGCGCGAACGUUCGUCAAUCAACACAAUGAAGCUCUUCACAAUUGUCCUAUUGAUACCUGCAGCUUUAGCAAAGCCGCAGGGAUACAGUCUGCCAUCGCCUUCAGAGAACGGAUUCUCCUCUGUUGGCGGCGGAUUUACCAGUGGUCCUGAGAUACACGGAGGAAACGGCUUCACAAGUGGCACCGUUGGUGCAUCUUCACAUGAAUCUUCAUUUGGUGCUGGAUACAGUGGGGGAUCUGGAGGACCUUCUGGUGCCUGCCGUGCAGGAGAGAUCCUACAUGUAGACGGGUCUUGCGUUGUUCCUAAAAUUACAAGAACCGUGUAUGUGUUCACCGCCCCUGAGGAGCCUCAGCCCCCAAUCAGUCCGCCACCAAUCGUGCCACCACCGAGAGUGGAGGAAAAUAUCGUGUUUGUUCGUGUUCCGGAAGCAGGACCGGCACCUGAUCCCAUCAUCCUUCCUCCACCACGCCAAGAACAGAUCGUGUACGUCCUCAACAAGAACGAUGGAGGAGAAGGCCAGCGAGUGAUCGAGGUCACUGCUCCUCCACCUUCUGAUCCUGAAGUUUACUUCGUCAACUACGAAGAAGGAGAAAAUCCAACUCUUCCCAUUGGUGUUGAUCUUGAGACUGCUCUUAGUGCCGCCGCCAACGGAGGGAGUCAGGUCCUCGGGGGAGCAGGUGGCUUUGGGGGAGAAGGGGGAUUUGGCAACGAUGGAGACAGCGGAUUCGGCGGUAUUGGAGUAAAUGGAUUUGAUGGAGGAUUUGGCGGAAGUGGAGGAGGUAGCUUUGGGGGAGAUGGAGGAUUUGGCGGAAGUGGAGUAGGAAGCUUUGAGGGAGAUGGAGGAGUUACCGGUGCAGGGGUGGGAGAUAUCAUCGGACUUGUUGACAUUCGAAGAGGCAAUGGAGCAACCGCCGGCGGUGGAGCUGAAGGUCAUGGAGGAAUAAGUAAUAAUGAAGGAUUCAGAGACAGCGGAAGAGGGGGACUGUCCUCCUCGUCAUAAAGGUUCAUUAUACGUAUCAAAAUAGGAAUUUUGAUUUGUUAUAGUCUUUUGUAUAAAUAUCUUGUUUUCUAUAUCUAAUCUGUUAGUUCAUUUCUAGCUAACUGCCAAACUAGAAAUGUUGUACUGUUAUGUUUUUUGUUUUUAGCUUUAUUAAAUAUAUUAUAAAUAGGUUAA